UCGACCACUACCUCGCCGAGAACCAGCGUCUUCGCUACCUUUCCCCGCCAGCCCCCUCCAUCCUCAAAUGCAAACCCUCGUGGCAGGACCCCCCAGUCGAGACGAGUCAGCAGUAGCACUGUCAACAGCGCAAGCCCCAGCACCGAACGCCCUGAACAAGACAAGCCCGUACCUAUCGGCAAGAUCGGUGUUUGUGCCCUCGACAGCAAAGCCAGAAGCAAGCCCAGUCGCAACAUCCUCAACAGACUGAUCAAGGAGGGCGAGUUUGAGGUCAUCGUCUUUGGCGACAAGGUCAUCUUGGACGAAGAUGUCGAGAACUGGCCCGUCUGUGACUUUCUCAUCUCCUUCUUCUCCGAGGGCUUCCCGCUCGACAAGGCUAUAGCAUACGCCAAACUGCGCAAACCCUUCUGUGUUAACGACCUGCCCAUGCAGACCAUUCUCUGGGACCGCCGUAUCUGUCUACAAAUCCUCACAAAGCUCAACGUUCCUACACCCGACCGUGUCGAAGUCAACCGCGACGGAGGUCCCAAGGUUCAGUCUGCCGAUAUUGCUCAGAGAUGUUUCGAAAAGACUGGCCUCCGCUUCCCCGUCUUAGGCAGCCAGCCCGAGACCGAAUCACAACAAGUUGCCAACCCUGUUGUCGAACUGCUGGACGAUGGCGACACCAUUUCAGUCGACGGAAAGACUCUGACUAAGCCCUUCGUUGAGAAGCCUACCGACGGCGAGGACCACAACAUCCACAUCUACUAUCCUAAGAGCCAGGGUGGAGGUGGUAGAAGACUGUUCCGCAAGGUCAACAACAAGAGUUCGGAGAAGGACGAGACCUUGACAGUACCCAGAUCCAUAACGGAACCUGGAAGCAGUUACAUCUACGAGCAGUUCCUUAAGGUGGAAAACGCCGAAGAUGUCAAGGCUUACACUGUCGGUCUUGAUUACUGUCACGCCGAAACCAGGAAGUCUCCUGUCGUUGAUGGUGUCGUCAAGCGUAAUCCCAACGGCAAGGAAGUCCGCUAUGUCACCAGCCUGAACAAGGAAGAAGCUGGCAUGGCCUCGAGAAUUGCCGAUGGCUUCGGCCAGCGUGUCUGUGGUUUCGAUCUGCUGCGCGUGGGCGAGAAGAGUUAUGUUAUUGACGUCAACGGCUGGAGUUUUGUCAAAGAUAACAAUGACUACUAUGACAAAUGUGCCAACAUUCUCAAGGGCCUCUUCAUUCGUGAGAAGGUCAGAGUCGAGAACAAGCAGCAGCAGCAGCAACAACAACCCACAUCCGCACCCGCUUCUGCAUCCGAAGACAACUACGAAAGAGAAGCCCCUGGCACUCACCGCAAGAGCACCGUCUCCAGCCAUCGCAGUCAUCUCAAAUCCGUUUUCCGCUCUGCCAGUGCCAACAGACUGCGCGAGUUGGCCAACAAGAAGCCCGGUUCACCCGAGAUAUCUCAACUUCCUUCUCCCAUCACCUCUCCACCAAGCUUUGGUAAUCUACCCAUGCCACGCAGUCCCGGUAUUCCCCAAGACAACCAACUCCCGCCACCCGCCAUACUUGACGAAAACCAUCAAUACCAGACUUUACAGGAGUCCAUCCACGAAGCUGACGAACACCACGAGCCUGUGCCUGCACCUGCCUCCAAGUCGCAGUGGAAGCUCAAGGGCAUGGUUGCCGUCAUCCGUCACGCUGAUCGUACACCCAAGCAAAAGUUCAAGUUCACCUUCCACACCAAGCCUUUCGUAGAUUUGCUCAAGGGACACCGUGAGGAAGUCUUGUUGGUCGGAGAGGCUGCCCUUAAGAGUGUGCAGGAAGCUGUCAAACAGGCUCUGAUUGAGGGCGAAGAAGACCAGACAAAGCUGCGCACACUGUCAAAUGCUCUCGAUAAGAAGGGAAGCUGGCCUGGUACAAAGGUCCAGAUCAAGCCAAUGUUCCGCAAGAGGAAACAGGAAGAGCUGCCAGCCGAGCUCCAGGACAAGCUCACCGUCGACGAGGAUGGCAACGCCAAGCCAAAGCCGACCCCUCUCCAGGGCGAUGAUGCCAACCACUCGCGUGGUGACUCUAUGGCAGACGUCACUCUUUCCAGAAUCUCCGCUGCCGAGAACAACCUUGUGCUUGACAAGUUGCAGCUUGUCAUGAAGUGGGGUGGAGAGCCUACUCACUCUGCCCGCUACCAAGCCCAGGAUCUUGGUGACAACAUGCGCAAUGACUUGCUCCUGAUGAACAAGGAUGCUCUUAGAGAUGUUCGUGUUUUCUCGUCCUCCGAACGCCGCGUAUCGACCAGUGCUCAGAUCUUCACUGCUUCCUUCUUGAACCAGAAAGAGCUAGAUCCCAACUUCAUUUCUGUCCGCAAGGAUCUGCUUGAUGAUUCAAACGCAGCCAAGGAUGUGAUGGACAAGGUCAAGAAGAAGUUGAAGGGCCUGCUCCGUCAAGGUAAACAAGCACCGGAACAGUUCGCUUGGCCCAAAGACGGCACUCCCGAGCCUUACCUGGUCGUUCGCAGUGUCGUCGAGCUGAUGAAAUUUCAUCGCCGUGUCAUGCUUCAGAACUUUACCAAACUUCGUCCCGAAGGCGAGGGUGGACCACCCAUCAAGAGCCCUCCCAGCAAUGCCUCCUCAGUCAGUCUUGCAGACAGUGCUCCAGAGGGCGUUGACCCCAAGCAGAUCCAAUCUAGAUGGUGCUGCGGUGAAGAUGCUUCCUUGUUCAAGGAACGCUGGGAGAAGCUCUUCAAGGAAUUCACCGAUGCCGAGAAGGUCGAUCCUAGUAAGAUUAGUGAGCUCUAUGACACGAUGAAGUUCGAUGCUCUGCACAACCGACAAUUCCUCGAGUGGGUCUUUACUCCAAGCAACGACAUGGUUGAUGAUGACCAUGAGCGUCCCAAUACUCUGAAGCGUACUGCUUCUGCGGAUAUGAGAGAAGAGUUUGGCCAGACUCACGAGGAUCUUCCCGAGUCCAAGGCUAAGGUCGAUGUCCGUCUUGAAAAGUUAAGAGAGUUGUAUCGCUUCUCCAAAGUUCUGUUCGAUUACAUCGGUCCUCAGGAGUACGGUAUGCUAGAGAGUGAGAAGCUAGAGAUUGGACUUUUGACCAGUCUUCCUCUGCUCAAGGAGAUUGUGACAGAUCUGGAAGAAGUACAAGCAUCCGAAGACGCCAAGUCUUUCAUCUACUUCACCAAGGAGUCACACAUUUACACUCUGCUCAACUCGAUCAUCGAGGGCGGUGUUCAAACAAAGAUUGCUCGCAACGCCAUUCCCGAGCUCGACUAUCUGUCUCAAAUCUGCUUCGAGCUCUACGAAUCACAGAAUGAAGCUACCACUGACGAUCCUGAAGGCAGCUGCUUUAACUACAGCAUUCGUAUCACACUUUCUCCUGGAUGCCACGCUUUCGACCCUCUAGACGUUCAGCUGGACAGCAAGCACUGCAUUGGCUGCACUCCUCGUAGAAGCCUGACACCCCAUGUAGAAUGGAAGGAAGUGCUCGAGACACUGAGAGCCAAGUUCCACACCGUCAAGUUGCCCAAGAGUUUCCUAGCUGUGAACUUGAGCGAGAAG